CAAUCGAAGUUUAGUGAAAAUAAAUUUUCUCACUAAAAAUGUUGCGAAAUAUAAAAAAUUCUAAUUUAUCUCAAAAUAUUCGAUUUAAACAUUCAUCGGCUGCUUUAGAGAAGAUUCGUGAGCGAUUGGAAAAUGGGCCAAAUUUUCAGGACUUUAUCCAGAAUCCAAAGCACAGUAAGGAAGAACUUUCAAAUGAAUUUGAAGGAAAAUUAAAAAAGGAAAAAGGAGACAAAGACAGAUUAAGACUUCCACCAUGGUUGAAGACAACAAUUCCUAUAGGCAAAAAUUACGAUAAAAUCAAAAAUCAACUUCGUGAAUUGAAACUCGCAACAGUUUGUGAAGAAGCUCGUUGUCCUAACAUCGGAGAAUGCUGGGGAGGUGGCGAACAUGGAACACAAACAGCUACAAUUAUGCUUAUGGGUGAUACUUGCACGAGAGGCUGUCGUUUCUGUUCGGUAAAGACAGCACGAGCACCACCGCCGUUAGAUCCGAAAGAACCUGUAAAUACAGCAACAGCAAUAGCCACUUGGGGACUUGACUACAUCGUCUUAACGAGCGUUGAUCGUGACGAUCUUCCUGACGGCGGUUCGGCACACAUCGCAGAAACAAUUCGAGAAAUCAAACGACAAAACCCUCGAAUCUUUGUUGAAUGUCUUGCGCCUGAUUUCCGUGGUGAUCGUGAAUGUAUCGAAAGAAUUGCAAUGUCAGGUGUCGACGUUUAUGCACACAACAUUGAAACUGUUGAAAAGUUGACGCCAUUCGUGAGAGAUCGUCGUGCUGAAUAUCGUCAAUCACUUCACUGUUUAAAAACAAUCAAAGAUAUUAAUCCAAAUUUAAUCACAAAGUCUUCAAUUAUGCUUGGACUUGGUGAAACUGACAAUGAAGUUGAACAAACGAUGAAAGAUCUGCGAAGUGUUGGAGUUGAUUGUGUGACGCUUGGACAGUACAUGCAACCAACAAAACGUCACUUAAGCGUCAUUGAAUAUGUGACGCCCGAGAAAUUCAAAGAAUGGGAAGUGAAAGGACAGGAAAUUGGAUUUCUUUAUGUCGCUUCCGGUCCACUCGUUCGAAGUUCCUACAAAGCUGGCGAAUUCUUCAUCUCAAGCAUAUUGAAAAGUCGACAAAAUCACUCAAAAGUUUAACUUUUGAUUUUAGAUUCAAUCACAAAAAAAGAAGAGAAAAGUUAAUUGCGCU